AUGGACUCCGAGAAUGUGUUUGACAUAUACAAUGCCCCUAAGGCUCCUAUAGCUCCCUCGAGCAAGAAGAAAACGAGCAAGCAGCAUCCCGGGGAAAGUAGUAAAGCGCCUCCGGCCAAGAAAACCCAUACUGCAAACCCUCCGGCAGACGGACCUUCAACAAAUGCAACACCACCUCCUUCUCCUCUUGAGCAGCAAACUCCUCCUGCUCCUGUCAGGUCGACACCUUCUCCACCGGCCCCAACCGAACAGACUCAGCAGGCUGCUCCUGUUUCCACAGGGGGCGACAUAUCGAGUCGUGCCUUAAGAUCGGUCAAAGACAGGGUGGCCAAAAUUUUGAAGCACGAACGAUGCCGAAAGGUGAUGGCUGGGACAGAGACGAUGGAUGUCGACCAGAUCUUAAUCCGCACAUUAAAUGGGUUGGCCAGUGCAAUGUUGACCCUUACUGCCGGCCGGCUCCGCUCGGGUGCUAUCACCGAGCAGUCCAGGGCUUUGGAGCAACGACACGCUGAAGAACUCAAAGUUUCCAAAGCGAAAUAUACUGAACAACUCGAGGCAGUGCUUGAGGAGAAGAACAAAAUGGCUGAGGAGUUAAGGGAGAAGCAGACUGCUCUGGAUAAGGCCAUCGAGUAA